AGCUGAAAAGACCUGACCAAUGACGGCCUGCGACAGAAGUUUGACCAAUGAGCAUCAGCGAAAAGGAGCGGAACCUUUAUGGCGCACUAAUGGCAUUAUUUAGUUCAAAAAUAUUAUUUUAUUUAAUGUAGGAGAAAAGUAAUAACUGAGUGUUCGUUUCAGAAACAUCGGUGGCGUUUAAAGUGAGCUAACAGGAAGCGCUGUUUCGCUGAAUCUGUUAGCAACAAUAUCAGCUGGUGAGAUCAGACGGAACAAUGACCUCGGCAUCAACAAAGGUUGGCGAGAUCUUCUCUGCAGCAGGAGCUGCUUUUACUAAACUAGGGGAGCUUACCAUGCAGCUGCACCCGGUGGCGGACUCGAGUCCAGCAGGAGCUAAAUGGACGGACACAGAGAUUGAGAUGCUGCGGUCAGCUGUUAGGCGCUUUGGUGACGACUUGAACGCACUCAGCUCAGUCAUCAAGAAGCGCACAGUGGCACAAAUCAAGACAACAGUCAAGCGGAAGCUUUAUGAAGACAGUGGAGUUCCUUUGUCUUCUGACUCGCCAAAGAAAAGUACCAAGAAGGUUCCGGUUGCCAUGGCCCCCCCUCCACCACCCACAGUCAUAGCUGUGCCAACAUCUCAGGUCGUGGUGACAACAGGUUUACAGGGUCCUUCUACAGGCUCAGCUAGCAUAAAGAAACCAAAAACAGCAGAUGUUACUCUCAGUGCUCUGAAUGAUUCAGAUGCGAACAGCGAUCUUGUAGACAUUGAGGGACUCGGUGACAGCUCUGCAACAAAAAAACUCAACUUUGAUCAAGAAAGUCUGAAUCUUGACUCAAGUCUCAUCAUGAACUCCAGUGACCUGCCUCUCCUGUCCCGUUGAACCUGGCUCUCUGCUCACAACCAUAAACUAUAAAAGAAAGAAGAAAAAAAAUGAAGUUACAUCAGACUGGGCCAAACCUUCACAAGACAUGGCCUAGUCCAUGAACCAGUCUCUUUGGUUUCUACCAUAUAGAUGAAUUUAAAAACCAUUAUAGUCUUCAUGCAAGGUCAAAUUUGUAAGGCAGAUGGACUGCUUGUUUCAUUUUAUAUUCAUUAUUUUGGUCCAUUCAAAAAUUGUCUAAGACAGGUCAGCAAUGUCUUAAAAAUUCAGUCAUAUGACAUCAAUGCUUAGAUCAAUUGUCUCUGAUAAAUUCAUUUUAAAUAAUUUAUGUUGGUCUGAAGAUACACGCAUUAAUUUGUUAUAUUGGGAAUCUAUUCCCCUGUCAAGUGUCUGGGAAUACAAGAAGAUGCCAUUUUCCUGUACUGUUUGUCCUGGUGUCAGCUUAUAUAAGCAAGUUCUAACUCGAGUUUGUCCAUUAUGUCAGACAGAUAGAAAUCUGCAUGCAUUCUGUACAUGACUGAGUGCAACACAACACUUGUUUACUCUUUGCUUGAUCACUUGUUUCCAUAAGGUCACCACUGCAUGUUUCAAAGGACCAAUACAAACUGAAAUAACUAUUUGUAAAAGUUGAAUUUUAAAAAUGUUAUUCACUUUUUGGGGGGGAUGGUCUAACCUUUUCUCACAGGGGACUCUGUCAGUAAUUUAGUUUCUGCUAAAUUAUACAUGAGCAAUUUAACAUCAUGUCAAGCCUAUUUAUCCCUGAACAGAUAUUCUGUGACAGUUUUAAACACUGGUCUGGUGUAAAACAUUGUUUGUUUUAAACUUGGCAAUAUACAAGUAUUUGCAUCAAGUCAUUUAAAGGAAGGGGGGCUCUCCACCUUCUCUAGAGAAGCCAGUGGGGAACUUUAAUAAACUUCCUAUGUAUUUUUGUGGCUUGAA